AAAAUGGCCGACCAGCUAAGCUGAGUGUUUUCUGAACUCCUGCUAGUGAUUUUCCAAAAUUUCGGCUUCGUAGGCAAAUAAUUCAGCAUCAGUAUCUGGAGAAGUUUGAAACUGACGGACUGGUUAACAUCCUCGGUCAUGGGUGGUGAACUUGCUGCGAUACCCUAUACCGGGCACUGAGGACGCGCCCCCUGGCACAAUUGACUACCCCCCUGGAAUGAUGGACGAACUGCCCCCUGGGGAGGACGUGCUGCCCCCGGGCAUCGAACUGCCAACAAAUGAAGAGCACGAAGAGGCUAAUCAGAGUGCCGACGCGCCUCCGGGGUCAGACGAAUCUUUUACUAAUAUGUACCCUGAUGGCCCGAGUGGCUACUACCCCUAUCCUUAUCAAAUAACAGAGAUACCCCCGCCCCCACCUGAAGAAAAGGCGCCAGCCAAGACCACUGUGCUGGGCAAACUGCAGGCCAAGAAACGGCUUUUGGCUUUCUCGCAAACCAAGCAGCUGAAGCCCCCUGGGGUCAAAAGCCCUCCGAAGCCACCUUCGAAAAGUAUGGAAACGGCCUUCAGCAAAAGUGCCAAUUCGACUGAGGAUGAAAAGGAGGUGAAGAAGAAGAAGAAAGACUCUAAAAUACCAACUGCCUUCCGGAACAUGGCCGAAAUAAAGAAGGAGGAGGAGGAGCUGAAAAAGACGCUUCUCAACAGCCAGGGCAAGUCGCGCUUUCGACGCGACGACUACAGAAGGUUCAACAACUAUCGACGCUCCAGAUCUCGAUCCAAUUCGCGCUCCAGCUCAAGAUCAAGAGGCUACAAACGCUCGUCUCAUCGGAGAAGUCGCAGUCGAGACCGUGGUAGAAGGUCAAAGAGGUCAUACAGCAGCUACAGUAGCUACACCAACACCAGUUACACAAGAAGUGACAGCAGAAGCGACAGCAGGAGCGAAAGGAGGACCACUGAAACUAGCAGUUUUGUGUCCACGUCAGAACCGUUCACGUCAGACAAAGAGUCGACCAUUUCCAAAGUCAGCAGGAAAACUGACAAAAGUGACAGAGAAAGUAGAAAUGGCGAUUCCUCAAGCAGACGCAGUAGAAGCAGCGAACGGUCUCAAAAAUCCAAAGGCAAAGAGAACGUCAAAGAGCCUGAACCGCCUAAGGAACCAACCCCACCACCAAAGACUCCCACAUCUUGGACGCAACUGAAAGCAGAUUUGAGCAGCUCAGGUAGCCGAAAAUCCAAAUCUGUAGAACGCAAGAGUAGCGACUGGAGUAAGAGGUCUCAGGAAAAAGCAAGGACUAUAGGCAUUGGUCGCCAGUCCCCAGCCCGAACUAAAACUCAGUCAAGCCUAUUCUCCUCGCCAGAGCACAAAAAUCCGUUCAUAGCUUUGAGUUAUAAAAAUGACGAGAACGCGAAUGAUAAGAGGGAGAAGGAGUUUCCGCAACACAUAAUCAAGUUUACAAAGGCCCAGCCAAGGCUUUCAUUUUGUGAGAAUCCAUGUAUCACUCCUGGCUAUUAUAAGUCACGGGAUGAAAUUCUAGCCUCUGAGCCUCCAGCCAUUGUCGACAUAAUGAAGCAGUUCUUGGAAAGCGCUGUGGCCAGUGUCACCAAUCCCGACUCAUUUGGCCUUGAAACUUUGCUGAACUCGUAUGAUGUUGAUGACCCUUCAGACGACGAUUCCAGCCAGGGUCCUCGGAAAAUACAGGAGAGGCCGUGGCUUGUCGAAGAGGCGAAGAUGGAAUCUCUAAGUGAGAUCAGAUUUGUGCCUUCGACAGUAGCUGUAGAUAUGCAGCAAAUUGCAAAUAAGACUGCUGAAGAGAAUGCCAACAAUGGGCCUGAGGAGGAAGUCAUGGAGACGGAGGAAGUGAUGGAGAUGGAAGAAGAGAAGCCAGCAAAAGCAAAGAAGCGGAAGCUGGAGGAAGAUGUAGGCGAAGAUGAGAGUGACGCAAAAGAGGACAAGAAAAAGAAAAAGAAACUGAAGGAAAAGAAAAAGAAGAAGACAAAGAAGGCUAAAAAGAAGAGCAGUAAGGUAGAUGAUGAAUCGUCUGAUGACGAGGGGGCAAAACAGGAGGCCAAGAAAAAAAAGAAGAAAAAGAAAAAGAAGGCCAAGAAAAAAGCCAAAACCGACAGUUCCUCUGAUGAAAGCAGUGAAGACUCUGAGAGUGACGAAGAUAAGAAGGACAAGAAGUCUAAGAAAUUGAAGAAAAAGAAAAAACGAAAGUCAAGGAAAGACAGCAGUGACUCUGAAACAGACAAAGGCCAUGAAAGCGAAACCAAGAAAACUUCAAAGAAAAAACAAAUGGAUCCUCCACCAGCUAAACUGUCCGAGGCAUCCGAGAAAGCCGAGUCUACUGUCCAUGAUUCAAAGCAGGAUGGCGCAGAAUCGUCAGAUGGGAAAAAUGAGAACAAACCACAUGAGACAAGUUUGAGCAGUAGCUUCGAGAACUUCAUAAGGUCAAAAUAUGAGGAAGAACUGAAGUCCGGCCAAAAGGAUGAUGCUCCGCAUAACUGGGCUGUAGAAUUUGAAGAAUACUUGCGGCUUAAAUUCCAGAGGGAGAAAGUUCUUAAGGAGCUGAAGGAAGGAGAGCAGAAGGAUGACGUUAAGAAAAAGAAGAAGAAGAAGAAACGGAAGCAAAAGAAGGUCUCGUCUGACAGCUCAAGCAGCGACUCUAGCACAGAUUCAGACAGCAAAAGAAAAAGAAAGAAGAAGCGAUCCAAAAAGAAACGGUCCAGAAGUUCCAGCAGCUCCACCAAUGUAAGUGACAAUAGCCCUGAAAGCAAUUUUGAGCUAGAGAAAGAUAAUUUCUAUAUUGAAGGUGGAGGCCAGCAAAGCACGGAAAAAAACCAAGACGGACUUGAAAAAGUCCAAGAAGGGCAACAGACGACGCAAAAAGAGCCAGAGCAAGUAAGAGACGCACCAGAAGCACAAUCAGCACUGUACUCACCUUCACAAAUGUCUUCAACUUCCUCUUCUUCUUCUGCUUCUGACGCUUCCGACGUCGACUCCAGUUUCAACUCUUUAACUUCAGCUUCCACAUCAACACCCAUCAAAGAGCAACAAUCUUUUGUUGAUGAUGACGGUUGGGACAUAAUGCCAAAGAACUGCAUUUCAUCUUCCAGCCCGUACAUGCCUGUAAUUACUCCGUCCAUGCUAUUGUACCAACAGUCUAACCAGUUCUCUCCAAUAAAGUUGAAAAAGAUAGAGUUCAAACCCAUGUUAAAAAGGACUAUAGCAAUACACCCUCAUUUCGGAGAAGAUGACGAUGAUGAUGAGGAAGAGACUGAGCCUGACGACUCGUCUGCUGCCAUAAAAAUUAAUGAUAAUGAAAUACUAGACAAAAAACUUAAAAGCUUCUCUCCUGAGAGAGAAUAUGAACAAAAACACAAGCAGACAACUGAUAGAAAAAGGUCGCCACCAUUUAAACGAUCUCCACCAAGAAGGCGGAUCUCUCCAGAUAGAAAAUCUAAUGAUAAAAGGUCUAAUGUAAGACGAAACGCAACUAGAAGAUCUCCAGACAGACGGCAAAGCCGUAAAAGCCACGAAAGGGAAGGCAGACCAAGUGACUUCAAAAUUAAUGACCGGAGGAAAGCUGCUCCCUCACCAAAGUCGCGCAUGCAGAAACGACGAGAGCGUCGAAUGGCGUCCUCUCCUUCCCGUAAAACUAGAUCUCCACCUGGGCCGAGGCAAAGAUCUCCAGACAGGUCGAGGAGGAGCCCACAAAGGAGACGCUCGCCUAGACCAAGGUCGCCUCCUCACCUGAAAGGACGGACUAUGGGCAAACCCCGCACACCCAGUCCUCGGCGCAGUCCUCGUAGUUCUGACAAGAGAACCCAAAUUGAAUCUGAAUUGUUACACGAAAUUAAUUCUCCAAACUCCUCUCCCCUAGUCGGUCUGAAACGAUCAGUUGCGGAUUCUACUAUAAGUGAUUCGGAACUGCAAGCAGCCUCGAAAACAGAGGAGAAUGAGCCCGAUUACCAGGAUUACUAUGGAAAGAACUAUUCCCAAUAUUAUGGGGCGUAUCAGCAGCCCAAUGAGACUAAUCAAGAGGGAGGAAGGUCUCCAAAAAGAAUCUCUCUAGACGACAGAAUUGAACUUGAGUUGGGCGUCAAAAAGGAUAGCGGACCCUUGAAUCAAAUACCAGUGUUCCAGUUCAGCCAGGGCAAUAAUUACAACCAAUUCUACAAUAACCAGUACUUCAACCAAAACUACGAGUUUGGCCAACAAAAGCAGAGCUGGGCAGAGCCAGAGACUUAUCAGAUGCCACAAAAGGACAAAGAUGCUCACGUUUUACAGGUUGGGAAUGUAUUACAUGUGGUACCGAGAGAAGAUGUAGGGGAGAACCAAAAUCAAGUUCUGCAAUCUCCUAACGCAGUACCGCUGAAGGGUUCCAUCAAUCAGGUAUUGCAGAUUGGCAAUGUCCUGCAAGUUGUUCCUCAGCCAAUCACUUCUACUCCUCUUGCGCCUGAAAUGCCGACCAAUGUGCCAAUCUCGAUGCCCACUAUACUAUCACAUCCUCCAAUUCCUGGAGCAAUCGUUGAUCCAGCAGUCAUUGAAGCCGCUCUUGAAGCACGCAGAGAGGCAAAGGCUAAAAAAAAUCAAGAGAAGCAGCGCAGACGAGAGGAGCGAGAAGAUCGAAGGAAAGUUCGUUUGGCUGCUAAAAUGAAGGAAGAGAGCAAGCAAAUUGAAUUGGAGAAGGCGAAAGCUGCCGAGGAGGAUGAAGCUGAGGAAAAACGGUUGUUUGAGGAGGCUCUGUAUUCUAUACCAGAUGAGGAGGAAGAUGAGGGCGACGAAAAGGAAGACGUUGAUUCCUCCAACCAAGAGGAAAUUCCCUCUGUCAAGAAAGUGGAGAAAAUGUCACCAAAGAGAAGAGUGUCGAGGCUGUCAAGAACUAUCCCACUGAAGAUCAUAAAUAAAGACGACAUGCCUCUCCGGUCAGUUAGUUUUGAACCGGCUGAAAAAGGAAUCUUGGUCUCCAUUGGUUUCAUUGAGAGAGCAAAAGCAGAAACUGUAACUAGAGUUCGCAAACUGGUGAUGUUCUCCGACGGAGUGAAACCUGGCGAGGGAACUUGUUCUUCAGCAGGCGAGGAAAUGUCUUCACCUCCACCACCCACUGCAAAUAUGCUUAAGGAGAAGAGAUUCAGAAAGACUGCCAAAAGCGCUCAGAAGAAAUCUGAGGAAUCAAAGAAGUCAAAGAAAGAACCAAAGAUAAAAGCAGUGAAGGACAAGGCUGCUUUGAAAGCUGCUAAAGAAGAAAAACGAAAAGCUGAAUUAGCAGAACUGGAAAAUUUGCCACCUCCACCACCUCCGAGUAGUUCUCCUCCUGAAUACCUACAACAGUACUAUGACCAAUGCAAAACAUGCAUUGCUGCUGGAUAUCUUUACAAUCCUACCACUAGAGUAUUUGCUGCACCUCCGAAAGCACCUGCACCAAGGACAAGUCGAUUCGAUAUACCUCCUACCUCUGUAAGCAACGCAGUCUCUCAAAUUAUAAGCACUGCCAAGUCCAUAGCCCGAAAGAGUAGUUCUAGCAGCGGCAACCGUAAAGGUCGUGACAGCAGGAAAUUACCUCCCCCUCACUACGUUAAAAUUCACAAGAGCCGCGAAAGCCCUUCGCGAACCCCACCUGGUCCACCCCCAACCAUGUCUUCUCCCAGGGAGAUGUCGGGGUCACCGCCACCUAGAAGACCUUCGCCCCCACCCAAAAGACAUCAUUCCAACUCAAGGAGCCCAUCCCCCACCAGGAAAAAACGAAGAUCUCGGAGCAGUCGAGACAACCGAGAUCGGGACAGAUAAGCCUUGGCCACUUUCCACGGGCUGUGUUUUUAAUCGAAGACACGUACAUACGUCGGAAGAAAAUGGACUUUUUAAACUUUUUAUUACUGUUACGCAUUAUCUGACAAAAAUUUGUUCACAAGAGUGCUUACGUUUAUGCUACCACCAACUUUUGUUUUUAACUUGUGUUGAAUUUUUGUUGCUCCUCUUAAAGCCAGUGAAAUCUUAGAUACUGGGUUAUUAUUGUCUGUUUGUGAUAAAAGGAAAAAUAUAAAAAUUUGAUAGACUUUGUAAAUUUUUUGAGCCUUUUAU